UGGCUGCUUGUGGUGUGGGUAAGGGUCUUUAGCUAACUAGCAGUUUUGACUUUCCACGUCCCAUGAUAGCCAGUUCAGAGAAAUGUUGAGUAGUGGAAUAACUGGAUUCACUGACUGCCUUAGAUGCACGGUGCGUAGUUAUUUCAGAUCCCUCCGCCCGGCUGACCUCUACAACCACAUGUCUUAACACAACAGCCCCUCCUUCAGUCUAAAAGGGACGAGCCAAAUCCAUAUCACGUGAUCCCAUUGCCCGCGAAAUCUAAGUAAAUAGUUCCCUUAGCUUCCGAACUAAUAGCCAAUCACAGCAACGAUUGUGUGCGUGACGUGCGUGUUGUUCGAGUAACCCAUCUGGUUUCGCGCCGCUGCUUUAUACUAUUGCACUCAGGGAUGGCAGACAUGGCGCAAACGCGAGUGACCGAUUUUUUCGCUCAAAGUAAGCGGGGCUCCGCAGCACAGAACUCCAAGAGGCGUAAGGUAGAAGUGUUGGAAACACGCCGCACUCGUAGUAGGACAGCUACUGUGAAAACCGAGGUGUUACUGAAAUCACCCCGCACACCGGAACGCAAUUCUGCUUCAGUGACCCAGGCGUGUAUUGGGCCUAGCAGUAAGAAACGAGUGCGCCAAGACUCUGACUCGGAACCGCUGCGGACUGAACAAAGGCAGGGCAAAUCGGCGAGGAAGAAGCUCAAGUUGCCAGAGGGGGAAAAUGGAGGCGUGGGACAGCAGAUUUCUAGUCCAUGCAACAAAUUGGCUUUGGAACCUGUUAUACCUAGUUCGCUUGGGAAGAAGAUUAAGGACAUGGUGAACGUAUCUUUAUCUCCAAAGAUGAAGGAACUUGCAAGAAACCCAACUACACCCGAGACAAAGUCACCAGCAAAGGAGAAUCUCCUGGAACUUAAGUCCCGUUUGCAGAGGAUUCAGGAGCUGGCACAAAAAGUUAAUCUUCCUGCUGCAUCUUCAGAGGGCAAAGUCACUAUCACAGAUUUGAAAGCAAGGCUCAAGCGUGCUCAAGAAUUAGAUACAAAGAUCAGAGUAAAGACAGACAAGACAAAGAUCGAAACACAGGUCGAUGAGCUUACAGAGCAACCUGUCCAGGAAAGUGACAAGGCCCCAGCCUAUCAACGUUUUCAUAAUCUUGCUCAAGAUACAGCUCCAGGUCUGACUUUGCCAUAUAAAUAUAAAGUGCUUGCAGAGAUGUUCCGGAGUAUGGACACAAUUGUGGGAAUGCUCUUUAACCGUUUAGAGACUAUUACAUUCUCCAAAGUGAAACAAGGAGUUCAAGACAUGAUGAGGAAGCAAUUUGAACAACGUAAUGUUGGUCAGAUAAAGACUGUGUAUCCAGCUGCCUACAAAUAUAGACAGGAAAAGAACAUUCCAACCUUCAAGGAUGGAGUAAAGAAAACAGACUAUCAGCUUACUAUAGAGCCAUUAGUCGAUGAAGGUGAUAAGCUAAAUGGGCGUCUGCAUCUUUCAGCAUCACGUUUGUUGGAGCGCAGGCAGCUGUUUCACCGAAGUCUUAUUAGUAUAGUCAAACAGCAUCACAAGGUUUUCCUGGCAUCCCUAAAUCCUCCCAUGCUUGUGCCAGAUGAUAAAUUAACCCGAUGGCAUCCACGUUUUAAUGUUGAUGAGGUGCCUGAUAUAAUGCCUGCUGAACUUCCAUUGCCACCACAGGUGGACAAACUAACAACUGCUCAAGAGGUGUUGUCCAAAGCUAGAGGCUUGAUUACACCAAAGAUGGAAAAAGCCCUUGCAAACCUGGCUCUGAAAACAGCAGAGAAUACUGGGGUAACAAAAAAUGUAUCCGAUGAGACAAAACCUGCAGCAACAACUUCCACGUCAAAUGCACUUAAAGGAGUAUCACAGUCUCUGCUAGAACGGAUACGUGCUAAAGAGGCUCAAAAGCUGCAAGCCAUAAUGACCCGCAGACCUCAACAAGAGGAGCGUCUUCUCAUGAUGUCCAGGCUACCAGAACUGGCUAGAAUCCUGCGCAAUGUGUUUGUGGCUGAAAAGAAGCCAGCUUUGACUGUGGAGGUCACUUGCAACCGGGUUAUAGCCAGCUACCGUUCUUCCAUGUCUCCAGGUGAGAUGGAGAAACACCUUGCUUUGCUAUCUGAGAUCCUACCUGACUGGCUCAGCAUUCAUCCAAUCAGAAAGGAUACUUACUAUAAACUGAACAAAUCUAUGGACCUUAAUCUUAUUAUUGAACGACUGGCUAAGAAAACUAAGGAAGAAGAGUCUCUCUAGUUUUUUUUUUUUAAUUAUUUUUUUUUUUCCACUGGAUGGAUGUCUUGUUUUAAAAUUUCAAAACGUGCAAUUUACAGUUGGCAAUCGGUGUAUUCGGAUCAAGUGAUUAGGUGCUUUAAUUUUAAGGAUGCACUGAAUCCAGUAUUCGGUUCGAUAUUUGGCCUUUUUCAGCAGGAUUCGGAUUUGGCCAAAUCCUUCUGCCUGGCCGAACCAAAUCCUGAUUUGCAUAGGCAAAUUAGGGACAAGAGUGAAAUUGUGAGACUUUUUGUAACAAAACAAGGAAGUAAAGGUUUUUUCCUUCCCACCCCUAAUUAGCAUAUGCAAAUUAGGGUUCGGUAUCCUUCUCAAAAUAGUGGAUUCGGUGCCUCCCUAUUUAAUUUACAGACAAUACUGGUAUAUUUGGAUUGUGCCUAAAUAUUUUAGAAACGUUAAAACACUUUGCAUAAUGAUGGACGCAACUUGCUGUGGUAGUGUAUGGUGCUGAAUUGUAAGACCCCUCUCCAGCUAAAAGAUCAAUAUUGAUAGGUGAUUCAUUAAUCUGCAUGCCUCCCCCUAUUACAUCAUGCAAAUUAUUGGAGUGCUGCUGAAUUUUUUUUUUUUUUUUUCUAUUAAACUUUAAACACAAGUGAGAUUCAAUGCAUGGAAUAUUUGUUUCUUUGAAGUAUUUGUACCAAAAUGGCAGUAUUUCAGCUGUUGGUGACAGUGUAACAUAACAUUUUAUGCUGCGGAACAUCUUAUCUUCAUUUAAUUAAAAUUACCACUGUGACUGCCUCUAAAUGGCAGAGGCUGCUGCAACAUGAGUGCUGACCACCAGUCUCCAUAGACAUGCAGAUUUACCUUCAUGUUGAACGAACAAUUGUUCAGUGCCAUCUCCCGACCUGCCACUAACCAUUCAGAUCAAAUAAAGUAGUAAAAGAACAGAUCAGACUAUGUUCUGCCCCUGACAGUAAUUGUACGAAAGUUAUGUCCGACAAAAGCAACAUGCAGAGAUAUUAUCGGUAGCCAAUUUUCUAACCUGUCAGAUCUUCUGAACGACCGAUCGCCAUGGCACGAAAUAUGUCGGGACUCUCCACACACAGCCCAAAAAUCAUAUGAAGCCAAGAUUCGUGCGAUCAAGUCUUUGUGUCUAUGGCCAGCUUUAAUUGGAAAUGCCGAUAUAUAGAAACAAGAUGCAAACCCUAAACCUAACUGAACAAGACUGGUUUUGUUAUCAAAAUUGCUUCUCUAGCAAGUAACAAAAUAUCACUUGACGUGUACACAUGCUAUGUAUAGUUUGGUCAGCAUUAAUGCAAACAAUGUUUACCUUUUUGACUAUUAUAAUGGGGCUUUGUUUUACAGAAUGUCUAGAAUGUUUAUACAGUUGCACCCCCUCCAUACCUGUUUUCCAAAGCAAUUUAUUGUCUUUACCUUUGGAGUAAACUCAUUUUUUACAAUCAA